AUGGCGUCCUCCGAAGUCGACCAAAAAUAUCUCGGCAAACUGGCCAAAGCGGUACAAAAUGAUAACCCACUUCUUUCAACAAUGCUCUUCAAAAUCUUGGGUCUUUCCAUCAGCUUAUCAGAACAACUCGUCCUGGCCCGGAAACAGCGGCGACGAGAGCCUUCCAAAUCACAAGAAACCCUUGAGCUUUAUUUUCACAUAAUAUGGCUAUCACGUGAGGGGCUGGUCAUGCUGGAACAGUAUGUACUACCCGUUGUGGGUAAAUACGUCGAGUUGAAGGUUCUAGCAUACAAAUUACGCGCCUCCUUUUACCACAUUUUUGUCCUAUUCUACAAUCAGCCUCCAGUAUCGACUAUGGGUCUGGAUACGCCAGACCUGCAAGGAUCGUCAUCUGCCGACCAAACACCACCACAAGCAGACAAGGGCAAAGGCGUCGCGCGCGACGACGACUUGGAGAGUACUCGAUCGUCUUUACAACCCACCCACGCAAUGGAAGGAGGUCCAGUCAACCCUCCUCCGGGCUUCGGCCCCGAACCGCCGGCAGCCUUUUUGCUUCCCACCGCCGACUAUCUUCCUCUCGCCAACCGUUAUUUCAAAGACGCCAUCUCCUUAGCUGAAGGCCUUUUGUGGGGCUCCCACUCGCUGCGCCUCUCCGUCAAGACCGAAUACGCUUCGUUUUUGUAUGAAUGUGUGCACGAUGCCGAGGGCAGCCGUAAACUCGCAAAGGACACAAUCACCGAAGUCUACGAUGCCCCCGAGGGUAUUGACAACGACAUGUUCAGCGACGCAUGCGAGCUCGUGACAGUUCUCGGCAAGAUGAUGAAGCGCGGCCUUAGUACAUCCUCGCGGGCAAAGGGAAGCACAAGGCACACCCAAUCCUCCAGCUCUAAAUCGCAGCAGCAAUCCCAGGGGCAACCACGUCCACCGCAGCAGCAGCAGCAGCAGCAACGGUCGCAGCCCCGGCAGUCAGAAGCCAGAUCAGCCACAAGAGCGAAUGCACCGCCGCCGAUACCCCCUACAACCAGUGUUCCCUUGCUACACCCCGACGAAAUGGUCGAGUUUAUCUGA